AUGCGUGAGGGAGAGACCCUAAAGGCGUAUUCGGAUAGGUAUUGGGAGAUGUAUAACGAGUUGGAUGAGAACCACGAUGAUGUCGCUAUUAGUACAUUCAAAAUCGGUCUCCCCACCGAGCAUGGCUUAAGGAAAUCUCUCAUUGGUAAACCUGUUGCCAACGUUCAUCAGUUGAUGGAUAGGAUUGACAAGGUACUGUUUGUGGCUCGGCUCUCCGCCGAGGACAGGGAAAGAGAAUCUAAAAGGUCAAAAAAGGGAAGCUCUCUAAUAUUGGGAUUCUCGGACGAGGAUAAAAGGGGAACUAUCCAACCUCACGGCGAUGCCUUAGUGGUUACACUAAGAAUCGGAGGUUUCGAUGUAAAGAGGGUACUGGUAGACCCGGGUAGUGCGGUAGAGGUAAUGUACCCCGAUCUGUACAAGGGGCUGAACUUAAGGCCGGAGGAUUUGACGGCUUAUGACUUUCCCCUUAUCAGCUUCGAAGGGAAGAUUGUUGUACCAAAGGGGCAGAUCAGAUUACCCAUACAAACUGGGUCAGAGGGGAGAUAUUUUUCGAGACAGGCUGGACAAAGCAACAUGCAAACGGUUAAUGCCGUGUUCAGAGAACCAGUGCAACAAGUUCUGGAGAAAGUAAAGAAUGAACCCUUCUUCAGAUGGCCGAGAAAAAUGGCUGGAGACCCUGCGAAACGCAACCAGAAACUGGUGUUGUUUGUGGCUCGGCUCUCCGCCGAGGACAGGGAAAGAGAAUCUAAAAGGUCAAAAAAGGGAAGCUCUCUAAUAUUGGGAUUCUCGGACGAGGAUAAAAGGGGAACUAUCCAACCUCACGGCGAUGCCUUAGUGGUUACACUAAGAAUCGGAGGUUUCGAUGUAAAGAGGGUACUGGUAGACCCGGGUAGUGCGGUAGAGGUAAUGUACCCCGAUCUGUACAAGGGGCUGAACUUAAGGCCGGAGGAUUUGACGGCUUAUGACUCUCCCCUUAUCAGCUUCGAAGGGAAGACUGUUGUACCAAAGGGGCAGAUCAGAUUACCCAUACAAACUGGGUCAGAGGUGAUAGAGGUGGACUUUAUCGUGGUCGAUGCUUACUCGCCCUACACUGCGAUAGUAGCUAGGCCAUGGAUCCAUGCUCUGGAUGCCGUGUGUUCUACACUUCAUCAAAAGGUAAAAUACCCCUCUGGAGGCCGAGUGGAAGAGGUUCGUGGAGAUCAAGCCAUGGCUAGGCAAUGUAUGGUGGCUGCCAUCUCGCGCCAAUCGAAUGCUGAGUCCUCGGCUUCUGAAAACUUAUAG